AUGGGUUCGUCAGUCUCAAGCAGACAGAUUUUGCCUAAUCCGGAUCCGAAUGGAAUAUGUAUGUUGCUGAUCACGAUUAUUCGAAUUGCAUGGACGAAGCCUCAGUCCAGUCCUCCUUUAUGUCGGAUGAGUUACGAGCAUUCUAUACGCUUUCUUCAGUUCUUGUAUCGCUUUUCACAGUGCUUGCGAGGCUCUGACGAAGGCGAUAACCGAAGGCUGGCUGUUAAUCACUCAAGCAAGUUGAUCAAAGCUACAUGUUCAAAAUGCCAAGAUUCGAAAGCAGUCAGACAUGAACAAGAGAAAGUUGAGCUGCUAUCCGUUUCACGGCAAACCUACCUCUUUUUAAGAGUUUGA